AUGGCGGACCGGUCGAAGAUAGACGGGCAGCCAGCCCCUGCAACCCAGGAACCCCUAGGUACUCCAGGAGCGCUGGAGCCGGAUGAGAAUCCUUACGAUAAUUCAGAUGCCGAUUCUGCGUUCGGCAGUGAUGGGGAGAGCUCUACACAGUCGCUGGCAUCUAGUAUAUUAAAUUAUGAAUACGAGAAUGGAAGACGGUACCAUGCUUAUUGCGCUGGCGCAUACCCGCUUCCCAACGACGAAAAGGAACAAGAGCGCAUGGACAUGCAACAUCAUAUCUACCUACUCCUCCUCCGCGGAGAGAUCCAUCGUGCACCUAUACCACGACCUGUCGGAAACGUCCUCGAUAUAGGUACUGGAACAGGGAUAUGGGCUAUGGAUUUUGCAGAUCUAUAUCCUGAAUGCAAUGUGAUUGCGACCGACCUUUCGGCGAUACAGCCCUCGUGGAUCCCACCUAACGUUCAGUUUCGGAUUGAUGACGCGGAGCAAGAAUGGGACUUCAGCCAUAAAUUCGACUAUAUACAUGCCAGGAGCAUGGGAGGCAGUAUAGGGAACUGGGAUCGAUUCCUUAAGCAAGCCUACGACAAUCUGAACCCGGGCGGCUGGAUCGAAAUAACCGAUUUUGAGACAUGGGCCACGACCGAUGAUCAAAGUCUCCCGGAAACAUCGGCGUAUCAUGAAUAUCAAGUGCAACUCAACUUGGCAGCUGAGAAGUUCGGCAAGGUGAUGAAUAUAUCACCGCGAUUCGAGGAAUUCGUGAAGAAGGCGGGCUUCACCUUAGUUACAGAGGAGAAACGAAAGACGCCUCUGUCACCGUGGGCAAAGGAUAAGCGGAUGAAAGCUCUCGGGCAAUACAUGAACAUACAGAUGAUGGAAUCCAUCGAACCAUAUUCUCUGGCACUUUUUACAAGGGUUUUACAGUGGGAUAAUGCUAAGAUACAAACACUCCUAGCGGGUGUCAGAGAGGACCUACGGAACUUGAACUACCAUAUGUACUCAGUGGUGCAUACUGUGUACGGACAGAAACCUCUCGCCCCCGAGGAAUCCGAUAAGGCUGGGAAAUCUAUACCUCGUCAGCUAGGCUGA